AUGGCCUCCAGUUCCGCACACCCCUCAUUCCCGCCUAGGUCCUCCUAUGCCAGCGGAAAACUCCCCGAUAGAUCUGCCCUGAACAAUAACCACCUCCCGUUUGGCGCGUCAGUGCUCUCUCGACGGGAUCGGGGCGAUUUUGGGGGGGGAGAUGGCGGCAUCUCGAAAUCUGUACCACAUCCACCCCCUCCACCCUCCCACGCCCAACAGAACCCCCACCAACAACAUCCACAGGCAAACAGUAACCCCCUUAAUGAUCUGACGGAGGAACAGAGAGAGGAAAUCAAUGAAGCGUUCACUCUCUUCGACCUCGACCGCGACCGGCACCUCGACUACCACGAGCUCCGCGUCGCCCUCCGCGCACUAGGCUUCACCCUCUCUAAACCCGACCUCAUUUCCCUCCUAACAACCUACGGGGUCCCACGCAACGCCCAACAACAAUCACAAUCCCAACAGCAACGGACAGCAGGACAGCGUAGCGGCAACGAGCAACCUCCUCACCCAUCCAGUCUUCUCAUGCCCCUCUCCGCCUUCCAGACAAUUAGCGCGCGCAAGAUUCUUGAGCGAGACCCUCGGGAAGAGAUUCUUCGGGCCUUUGACCUGUUUGAUGAGGGGGGGAAAGGAUUCAUUGAUCUGGAAGAUUUGAGGAGAGUGGCGAGGGAGUUGGGGGAGACGGGGUUGGAGGAAGAUGAGUUGAGGGCGAUGAUCGAGGAGUUUGAUUUGGAAGGGGUGGGAGGGGUGACGCGAGAAGGGUUUGUAGGCAUAUGUUUGCAGUGA